AUGGCCGGGGAAGUCAGUCUGAAUUCCCUCCAGGAACUGGAACGCGAGGUCAUCCUCCAGGUCCUGUACCGAGACCAGGCGGUUCAAAACACCGAGGAGGAGAGGAUCCGGAAACUGAAGACGCACCUGCAGCAUCUCAGGUGGAAAGGAGCAAGGAGCGUGAGCCCGGAAUACAAAGAGAAGUCCUGUGCACGCUGCCAGUGCCAGCUCGGGCUUCUGCUGAACCGGGGGGCCGUGUGCAAGGGCUGCAGCCACCGCGUGUGCUCCGAGUGCCGAGUCUUCCUGCGGAGGACCCGCGCCUGGAAGUGCACCGUGUGCUUUGAGGACAGAAAUGUGAAAAUAAAAACUGGAGAAUGGUUCUUUGAGGAACGAGCCAAGAAAUUUCCAACUGAAGGCAAACACGACAGAGCUGGAGCAAAGCUCUUGCAAUCUUAUCAGGAACUGAGCAACAUUUCCGUGGUUCCUCCUACCCCACCUCCUCUGAGUGAAAGCCAGUGCACCAGCAGCUCCCACAGGUUACAGGAACUUGGUCAGUUUAAAGGAUUUAAUAAGUCCAUGGAAAAUUUGUUUCUGUCUGUUACCACCCACAUGAAAAAGCUUUCCAAGUCCCAGAAUGACAUGACCUCUGACAAGCAACUCCUAGCGACGGGUCCCAGGCAGUGUGCUAGCCGGACGGAGAGGAGGAGCCAGUCUGACACUGCCAUCAACGUCACCACCAGGAAGCCAAGCACACCAGAUAUUCUGAAACCUCUCAACCAAGAGAGUCCCAAACACCUUACUAACCCUGUUUCGAAGCAAGAGGACGUCUCAUCCAGGCCAACGCCCAGCACUUUGUUCUCAGGAGGCUGGAGACACGCAAGUCUACUUAGCAUUAACAGCACUUGUACAGAGAUGGGAAAUUUUGACAAUGCUAAUGUCACUGGAGAAAUAGAGUUUGCCAUUCGUUAUUGCUUCAAAACCUGCUCUUUAGAAAUAUGCAUCAAGGCCUGUAAGAAUCUUGCCUAUGGAGAGGAAAAGAAGAAAAAGUGCAAUCCGUACGUGAAGACCUACCUGCUGCCUGACAGAUCCUCCCAGGGAAAACGCAAGACUGGAGUCCAAAGGAACACCGUGGACCCAACCUUCCAAGAGACCUUGAAGUACCGGGUGGAGCUCGCCCAGCUGGUGACCCGGCGGCUGCAGGUCUCCGUGUGGCACCUGGGCACGCUCACCCGGAGGGUGUUUCUUGGAGAGGUGACCAUUCCUCUGGCCACAUGGGACUUUGAAGACAGCUCGACACAGUGUUUCUGCUGGUAUCCGCUGAGGGCCAAGACAGAGAAACAUGAAGACAGCAUUCUUCCAAAUAAUGGAGAACUUGCAGUCCGGGCCAAACUGGUCUUCCCUGCGGGGCCCAGAAAGCUCAAAGAGGCCCAAGAAGGGACGGGAGAUGGGCCAUCCCCUAACGGUCAGCUUUGUCUGGUCGUGCUGGGAGCCAAGAAUUUACCUGUGCGGUCAGAUGGUACCCUAAACUCCUUUGUUAAGGGCUGCCUGACUCUGCCAGACCAACACAAGCUGAAGCUCAAGUCCCCAGUCAUCAAGAAGCAAGCUUGCCCCCAGUGGAAGCACUCCUUCACGUUCAGUGGCGUAAGCCCUUCUCAGCUGAGGCAGUCCAGCCUGGAGUUAACCGUCUGGGACCAGGCCAUCUUUGGUGUGAACGACCGCUUGCUGGGGGCAGCCAGGCUUGGUUCCAAGGAAGACGCAGCUGACGGUGUGGACUCAUGCUCUCAGUCAGAGCUUCAAUGGCAGAAAGUUCUUUCCAGCCCCAAUCUGUGGACAGACCUGACACUCAUUCUUCACUGA